AUGGCGUGGGCGCUGAUCCUGGCCCUCUGUAACGGGUUGCUGCCCCCCACGAGCGCGCUAGACGCCAUGGGCCCCCACGCAGCAGUCCGCCUGGCCGAACUACUGACCCCCGAGGAGUGCAACCACUUUCGAUCACUCCUCGAGGUACCUGAACCCGACCUGGACAAGGAGCUGGCCCGGUUAUCCGAGGACUUGCUGGCGACGCCCGAGCCACCCGCACCCCGGCUUGGGGCGCAGGACUGGGUGGGACAACGGCGGCGGGCGGCAGCGGAGCUGGUUCGGCUAUCUGCGGACUGGCGGGCGACGCCCGAGCCACCCACACCCUCGCUCAGGGCGCAGGACUCGGUGGGAGAACCGCAGCGGGCCACAACCGCGCAGGCUUCGGAGGGGAGGGAGGGCACGUCCGAGUCCAGUGAGGUUUCUGACCUCUGCCGCGAGGCGCUGGCAACCUGGUUGGCCGCUCAGGCUCCGUCCCUGUCGUGGGACCGCGUGGCCCGAGCCCUACGGCGCAGUGGCCGCCCGGAUGUGGCGCGGGAGCUGGCCAAGAACCUCCACCAGCAGGCGACGUUGCAGCUGCGGAGGACGGGGACGAAUUACCUGCAGCAACUCCUGGCCCCAGCCCCGGCCCCGGCCCCGCUGGAGCUGAUCAUGGAGCGCCUGCCGCAGCCCCCGUACACACGCAGCCCCUCAGCCUGGGUGGGGCCGCUGGCGCUUGGCCUUCUCGCCGGCUUCCUGGGAGCGCUGUGCACCGGGGCGCUGAUCACCGUGCUCACGCUGUGGAUCACCGGCGACAACCGCGACGGCGACCCGGCGUGGUCUUGUGCCCGCGGCCAGGCCGCCGCCUCCCCGCCCAGGCCAGCUCGGACGCCCUGCAGCUGGGAAACGGAGCCGCUCCUGCCUCAGCCCCGGGCGCCGCAGCCACCCUCGCCCCUCUGCUCGUCGCUGUGA